AUGCAGGGCCCCGCCUGCUCGGCCGCCCCGCCGCGCCCCCUGCCCCUGCGCGAGCGCGCCUUCCCCCGCGCCACCCUGGGCUGCCCCGUGCUGGACGACCUGCUGCACGGUGGCCUGCCCUGCGGCAGCAUCACGGAGAUCGUGGGUGAAUCUGGCGUGGGAAAGACGCAGCUGUGCCUGCAGGCCUGUCUGAGUGUGCAGCUUCCCAGGGAAAGGGGUGGCCUGGAAGGGAGCUCAGUGUACAUCUACACUGAAGGGGAUCCUCCUGUGAAGCGCCUCUGUGAGCUUGUGGAACGGCGAGUCAGAAGGCAGCUCAGUCAUGGCAGUCUGCCGCCCCUUGACAAUGUCCUCAUCGACUGUGACAUCGCCUCCCCAAAGGAUCUGUGGGUGUGCAUCAAUCAACUGCCCAAUGUCAUCAAAGGAAGCUCGAUGAGAAUGCCGGUUCGCCUUGUGAUGAUUGACUCAGUCGCCAACGUGUUUCGAGAUGUGUCAGAUCGACCCACUGUCACAGAACUAAAGGAGCGCACAUCGAUGAUGUUCAGAGCAGCUGCUGUGCUCAAGGAAUUGGCAGAUCGACACAACCUGGCUGUGCUUGUUGUCAACCAAGUGGCAGACACAAUGCAAGGGGUCAAUGAGGAACUACAGUCCUCUGGCCGAGGGGUGCUGCCAUCCCUUGGGCUCGCCUGGUCCAACUGCGUGAACACCCGAAUUUUCGCAUCCCGUACUGGACAGGGACUGGACGCCUCAAGGAAACUCCAGAUUUUGUUCUCGCCGCAUCUGCCGCCAGCCGCCUGUGAAUACCAAAUCCGACCAGAAGGCGUUGUUGGCCUCCGAACGAAGUGA